CUGGUAACGGAUGCAUCAGACUUAGCAUUGGGUGCUGUACUGCAACAGUACAAAAAUGAUGCCUGGCAGCCAUUAGCAUUUUUUUCCCGAAAGCUUAGCCCAGCACAACAGAAGUACUCACCCUACGACCGUGAGUUGCUGGCUAUAUAUGAAGGCAUUAAGUAUUUUCGCCACAUGCUCGAGGCACGCCACUUCACAGUCUAUACUGACCAUAGGCCUUUAUGUUAUGCAUUCCAUGUAAGGAAAAGUAACUGUUCGCCGCGUCAGUAUAGACAUCUAGAUUUUGUGUCUCAAUUUACAAGCGACAUUCAGCACAUAUCCGGCAAGGAUAAUAUCGUUGCUGAUACUCUGUCGCGCGUGGAUGAAAUACAGCAGCCGGUGGAUUUUAAAGAGCUCGCAAAAACUCAGUCCACAGAUUCUGAGCUAUCACAGCUUCUAGGCGAUGAAUCAUCACUUCGCAUUAUUAAAGUUAAAGAGCCCGACAGCAAAGUCGAAAUUUUUUGCGACAUAAGUCUAGGCAUACCAAGACCUUUCGUUCCCAAAAGUUUUCGAAAAGCUAUUUUUGACAGUCUACAUUCUUUAAGUCACCCUGGUGCAAACGCUACUGCUAAGCUGGUAGCACAGCGAUUCGUUUGGCCAGGAGUCAGAAAAGACUGCCGAGAAUGGUCUCGUACGUGCUUAGCCUGCCAGCGCUCUAAGGUAAACCGCCAUGUGUCAGCACCUUUAGGCACAUACGAUUUACCACGAGCCAGGUUUUCCUAUGUGCAUAUCGAUCUUAUUGGUCCACUCCCAUACUCGAAUAAUUUCCGCUACUGCUUAACAGCAGUUGACCGUUUCACGAGAUGGGCAGAAGUUAUGCCCAUAGCGGAUAUUACAGCCGAAACUGUAGCGAAGGCACUCCUAUCAGGUUGGAUCGCCAGAUUUGGUUGUCCAACUGACAUAGUGACGGACCGUGGACGGCAGUUCGAAUCCCAUUUAUUUAAUUAUCUAUCGAAAAUAAUCGGAUUCAAACAUCGCAGAACCACAGCUUACCAUCCCGCUUCUAAUGGCCUAGUAGAAAGAUUCCACCGACAGCUGAAGACAGCUAUUACAUGUCACGCUGAUAGCAACUGGACGGAAUCUUUACCUCUAGUACUAUUGGGCAUCAGAAGCGCAUAUAAAGCUGAUCUGCAGUGUUCCUCAGCAGAACUCGUCUACGGCGAGCCUUUAAGACUCCCAGGCGAAUUUUUCGAAAGUACAGUAAGCACCACAACUGACAUUACGGAUUUUACUGCACGAAUUCGUUCAGUUUGUGAGAAACUGCAGCCUCGUCCCGCAUCACGGCAUAAUAAAAAUAAAAUAUUUAUAUAUAAGGAUCUCGCUAAUUCCAGCCACGUAUUCCUUAGGGAAGACCGGCUGAAAAGCACCUUCCAUCCUGCAUAUUCCGGUCCACAUGAAGUGACCGAAAGAGGUGAUAAAGUAUUUAAGAUCAUCGUUAAAGGUAAGCAGAUAACAGUUUCUAUAGACCGUCUGAAACCGGCCUAUAUGCUGAACACCGUCAGGCGGCAGGCAAGGCGGAUGCCUUGCGACGUCUCUCCUGUGCACACCGAUUGCAGCCCCAAAGUCAUGGACGGCAGUUUAGAAAACCGGAAAACUACAAGGGCCGGUAGGCAUGUCAGAUUUCCUGAUUUUUAUCGACCGUAG